AUGCUUCAACCCCGAAUCGCUCUCCGGAGCAUUCGAUUGCCGUUCAGGUGUUUGCCUCCGAUUCCAACUGCUCCCGUGCGUCGCUUUGCAUCAAAUGUGGGUGAAGCCCAGUCAUCAAUCGAGACUUCUAUCAGUACUCCUUCGUCCGACUUCAGCGCGUCCUUCGCUCCUCCUCCCACCCGUGAUGACUCCGGAGUCAAGCUUCGCACAUACACACCCCGUACCCCCGGUGUACGACACUUGCGGCGGCCUGUGAACGACCAUCUCUGGAAAGGGCGUCCCAUCCAUCGGCUGACUUUCCCCAAGCGUGGUCACGCCAAGGGUGGCCGUAACAAUAGCGGCCGGGUCACAGUUCGCCAUCAUGGUGGUGGUCACAAGCGUCGGAUACGGAUGGUUGACUUCAUGCGGGCGGACCCUGGUCCGCACCUUGUGGAGCGAAUUGAGUAUGACCCUGGCCGUACCGCACACAUUGCCCUUGUCCGGAGCAAGGAGACGACCAAGCUGAGCUACAUUCUCGCGGCUGACGGCAUGCGAGCUGGCGAGGUUGUGCAAAGCUACAUGUCCGGUAUUCCCGACGAUUUGUGGCAGAGUAUGGGUGGAACGGUCGACCCGGGUGUGUUGGCCGCGCGCACUGCCUGGCGUGGAAAUUGCCUGCCCCUCCACAUGAUUCCCGUGGGCACUCUCAUCUUCAACGUUGGCCUCCGGCCCGGCAAGGGUGGCCAACUUUGCCGCGGUGCUGGCACGUACGCUACCGUGGUUGCCAAGGGAAGUGAUUCCCGACAGCAGGAUCUCGAGUCCGAGCAGACCGAGGAAGAGAAGAAGCCUCUAUCCGCCCGCGAAAAGCAGAAGCAGGAGCGUUUGGCCCAACAUAUCACAGUCCGCUUGUCCAGUGGCGAGACUCGUCUGAUUCACAAGGAUUGCUGUGCCACGAUCGGUAUUGCUAGCAACCCCAACUACCACUACACUCAGCUUGGAAAGGCUGGUCGAUCUCGUUGGCUGAACAUUCGUCCCACCGUUCGUGGUCUCGCUAUGAACGCCAUGGAUCACCCUCACGGUGGUGGUCGUGGCAAGUCUAAGGGUAACGUGGACCCAAAGAGUCCUUGGGGUAUUCCGACCAAGUCCGGCUACAAGACCCGUCCCAAGUGGAAGAUCAACAAGGCCGUUGUGCACGCAAGACCCCGUAAUCAAGGCAAGCGCCGCCGUGGUUACAACUAG